ACUGGGCUCCAUUUUCAAGGCUUAAAGGACUAACUCCUUUUCUGGGAAAUGAAACUUUAAUCUGUUAAUGGUACUAGUGAAAGGCUAGUUCAAUUUUAAUCUCCUGCUGUUGUCCAGCAUUUUGAUCUUCUUCCUUGAGAGGAGAAAACAAUGAGCUGGGGAUUCCUCCGAGAUCUCUUAAGUGGAGUGAAUAAAUAUUCAACAGUAAUGGGCCGGAUCUGGUUGGCUAUUGUGUUCAUAUUUCGCCUGCUUGUUUAUAUGGUGGCAGCAGAACAUGUCUGGAAAGAUGAACAGAAGGAGUUUGAGUGCAACGUCCAGCAACCUGGAUGUGAAAAUGUCUGCUUUGACCACUUCUUUCCUGUCUCUCACAUCAGGCUUUGGGCUUUGCAACUGAUCAUGGUUUCUACCCCAUCACUUCUUGUUGCUUUCCAUGUUGCCUAUCGUGAGAGCAGAGAGAAAAAGCACAACCAGAAACUUUACAAGAACCUAGGAAACAUGGAUGGUGGACUCCUGUGCACUUACCUCAUCAGUCUAAUUUUCAAAACAGGUUUUGAAAUUGGUUUUCUAGUUUUGUUUUACAAGUUGUAUGAUGGAUUUAAUGUACCACGCCUUAUGAAAUGUGAUGUUAGACCAUGCCCCAAUACUGUAGAUUGCUACAUCUCCAAGCCUACAGAGAAGAAAAUCUUCCUCUUUUUUUGUGGUAUAACUUCAUGCUUAUGCAUUGCAUUAAACGUAAGUGAACUGGCCUAUCUGACUUUCAAACACUCUUUGAAGUGUCUAAAGAGGUAUGGCAAGAGAGGUCAUACCUUGAAACGCGAGUGUCAUGAGCUGAAAUGCGCUGCUUACAAUGGAACAUCACCUAGAGUUCUGACCCAUACCAAUGCUUCACCUAUGCUUUUCAGUCUCCUUGAUAAAUCUGAAAGCUGUCCUCCGAUUUUUUCAGGAUAAAAAAUGUUGUGUGAUGUUAAAAUGAAGUGUUUUAAUUUCUUUUAUAAGUAGAUUAAAAAAAAAAUUUGAAGUUUCUUCAUUUUCAAGUAAAAAAAAGCA